UGGAUUUAUAAAGGAAUCAUACGGGAUCCAUACCAUGAAUUCCUUGUAGAGGAGGAUGAUAGCGUUCAAAAAGAACAAAUUCAGAAAGAAUACAAUGACUCGUACUGGAACAAACGGUAUACCAUAUGUCGGGAUAGGAUUCCCAAGUUCCUGGAGCCAUGUGUGGAUAAAAUACUUAACACUGGGAAAUACUUAAAUGUUGUCAGGCAGUGUCGUCGGGAUCCCAAGUGUCCGUCUGCUGAAGAGAUCCUAUAUACACUUAAAGAAAGAGAAUAUAUUGAUGUAAUUGAGAAAGCUCAUAGCUAUGCUAGUAAAAUGUUAGUAGAUCUACUUAUAGAAGAAAGAGAGCUGAUUGGAAGAUUAAGAUCAAUCAAGCACUACUUCCUGAUGGACCAAGGUGAUUUCUUUGUCCAUUUCAUGGACAUUGCAGAAGACGAGCUCAAAAAAUAUAUGGAUGAUAUCAUACCAUCAAGAUUAGAAACGUUGUUGGAAUUAGCGCAGAGAACCAGUCUGGCUAACAAUGAUCCUUUCAAGGAUGACCUCAAGGUUGAACUCUCUCCAUAUGAUUUGAUUACUCAGCUGUUACGAAUCCUCGCUAUUGAUUCUAAACAAGAACAAUCUGGUAGAAUCCAUGAUAUGGAUCCAUCAGAAAUCCAUAUUUCUGGUUUAGAAGCUUUCUCUUUCGAUUAUGUGGUUAGAUGGCCUGAAUCUCUUAUCCUCAGCAGAAAGGCAUUGACAGCAUACCAGUUAAUAUUCAGACAUUUAUUUUAUGCCAAGCAUGUUGAAAGACUGCUAUGCAAUGUGUGGGUUGGUAACAAGAUGUCAAAGCAAUACAGUGUACAUACUGCACAAUGGUAUGCUUCUGCUUUCGCUCUCCGACAACGAAUGCUGCAUUUUGUUCAGAAUUUUGAAUAUUACAUGAUGUUUGAGGUCAUUGAACCCAACUGGCAUCUCUUGGAAACCAACCUGAAAAGUAUAUCCAACAUAGAUGACGUGAUUGCCCACCACAGUGACUUUCUAGACACAUAUUGUUUACGAGACUGUAUGCUGACUAACAUGGAUCUGUUGAAAAUCCUCAGUAAGCUUCUCAUGGUCUGUGUUACAUUUUCAAACUUCAUACAGAGAGUUACUGAGAGUAUGAACGUUGAUGCAGAAUAUAACCGAUUUACGGGUAGAAGUAAACGUGAAGAAGUUCUUGAUACUUCAGAUAGACUUGCUACUGCAAAGCAUUUGCUGUAUCAUCUGGAAGCAGCUCCCUAUCCAGUAGUGAUAGAUCAUCCAAGUCUUCAAUGUCUGAGCGAUCACCACGCAGCAAGAAAACCACCACUCCACCGUCAUCUUUCCUGA